GUUGUUACCAGGUCAUAAAAUAAAAAAAAAUAAAAAAGUCAAAAGGUUCAAAAUCCUGAAUCUGAAUACCGAUUCUGAAUUAUAUAUAAUGAUACCUGAUACCAGGCGCUGAACCUACAGUAUUUCGAAAAUAUUAACUAUGCUCUUGUAGCUAUUUAAGAAGUAUGUGAUAAAUUGUGAAUGCAGUAUGCAUUUUAUUUCAGAGUUAAAAAACGUAUAUGGAUAAAACCAAAAAUUAUUCCUAGGAAGUAUAAAAUAUUUAUCAUGCCAAAAUGUUUUUAAGACAAAGUUAUACUUUGAGUCGCUUUAUCCUAAGUAAAAAUCAUAACUAUCGAAUAAAUAUGUCUACAAUUACAGAGAAUAAUAUAUUGUAUUUAUUAUGUAAACAUCUGGAUAUAGAUGAGUGUGAAGCAAAACUUUUACAAUUAAAACAACCUGUUUUAAAACAAAUUAGCGAAAAGGAGUUUAUAACAUUGACUGAAACUCUCAAAGACUUGGGGUUUACUGCUCAAACAUUGAUUUCAAACCCAGCAUUAUUUGGUGUAUUACCAGUAACACUAAAAUAUCGCUUUAAGGUUUUUGAAGAAUGUGGACUGCGAAAUAUAACACCUGGAUACUUGUUAAGAUAUUUAUAUAUAGUGAAACAAAAAACUAUAGGACAAUUGAGAAGAGAUAAUUAUAUUUCCAACUACCUAAAUAUUGAGAACAGACUUGCAAGUUAUAUGACACAGUGGCCUACAUCGCUUACAACUUUGAUAUAUGGUGAUGUUAACAAUGUUUCAUUAUAUUCCCUUCGUUUGAAAAUAAUUCAAAGAUAUCUUGAAUUGAUUUUAGAUUUAAGUAAUGAUGAAUUUUACCGAGGCUUAAAAACCUAUCCCACUAUUAAACACCGUCCACUGGAAAUUAUUAAUGAAACAUUAAAUAUAUUACAAACACAAAUAAUGAUGCCAACUUUUAAAAUUAAAUCAAAUCUAUAUUUAAUUCAUGCAGACCCAGAGAAUUUAAAAAAUCUAAUUUACAAUUUUAGAUUUAUAGGUGGAAUUGAUAUUAAAGAAAUUAUCAGAUCACAUCCAAAAAUAGCAAUGAAAAAUUUUUCAAAUAUGGUUGAAAUAAGAAAAGUUUUACAAGAAUUUAAUGUUUCCAAUGAAGCACAGAUAAGAUGCUUUGAGAUUUACACUUUGAGUCCAGAAACUAUUAGAACAAGACUAGAAAAUGCUAAGAAAACACCAGAGUUUAUAACCUAUUUCAAUCAUCCACGUUUUCUAAAAAUGAUACAUCACAAUAAAAAAACUACAAAAAGACUUAUGAACUUAUAUGAUCAAAACAAAAAAUGUGUCAGUUUAAAUAUACUAUCAGGUAGUUUUUCUAAGUAUGAAACAUUUGAGAAAAUGCAUGGAGAUCGUUUGGGAAAGGCAAAAGACUUGAUAUUUUGCAUUUGUGAAAUUCUACAAAAUACCUCUCCUGCCAGUGACAUCAGAAAGACACUCAAAAGGCAUCCGUUUUGGCUCAAUAUACCACUGGUGCAAAUAAAAUAUGUUGCUGAACAACUGCUAAAGAAGUUUUCACCAAAAGAUGUAUUUGAGAAUUGUUCAAUAUUACUUUAUCCUUGGAAUAAAAUAAGAGAUACAAUGAAUAUUUUAUGCCACAAAGAGUCGUUACUACUACACCCUUUCGAACAUUUAGACAUGUCUAAACUUAGUGAUACUCAGAAGUUAAGUUUAGUACUUUAUUUGUUAGAAAAAAAACAUUACUUUACUGGAAAUGGAGUAUGGACAGAAGAUAAAAAUAAAAAUGCUGAACAAACAAUUCAAACAAAAGACAUUACCAAAAGUGUUUUGAAAAUAGUGCAAAACUAGAAAUUGCAAUGAAUUUGUUUAGCAUUUCCCUAUAUUAGUAUAUUAUUAUGUAUAUAAAUUAU